CUCGGUGCGACGUGAGUCCAUCGCCUCAAAUAUACGCUUUGCUGGUGCAAGAGGAAGAAGGACAGAGAACAACGUCCUAUGAUGCCUCCGCUCCCAACGCCCCCACCCGCGGCCCGAAGGCCGGCCACUUCCCUCUCGGCUGCCGAAGCACUGACGCCGCUCAUCCAAACCACCUACACCUCGCCCACCCUCAGCUUCUACCUCAACGGCAACAAAGUCUCGCUCGACAAUCCCGAUCCGCAAUGGAUGCUGCUGGACUUUAUCCGCGCCCAGCACGGCCUCAAGGGCACCAAGCUCGGCUGCGGCGAGGGCGGCUGCGGUGCCUGCACCGUCGUCCUCUGCUCGCCCAAAAUAUCACAGAGGACUCGCAAGAUUGAAUACCUCUCUGUCAAUGCAUGUCUGUUCCCGUUGGUUGGCGUCGAUGGCAAGCAUGUCAUCACUGUCGAAGGCCUCGGGACCGUCGCCAAUCCCCACCCUCUCCAAGAACGGAUAGCAAAACUUCACGGCUCCCAGUGCGGCUUCUGCACUCCCGGCAUCGUCAUGUCUCUGUAUGCCCUGGUCCGUAAUUCAUACGAUCCAGAGACGAAGCAAUUCCGUCUUUCAGAGGCCGAUGUCGAGGCUGAAGGCCACCUUGAUGGCAAUCUCUGCCGCUGCACUGGCUACAAGCCCAUCCUUCAGGCUGCAAAGACCUUUGUAACCGAGGACUUGAAGGGCCGGUUAGCUCCUGCCAGCAGCAGUUCUAGCCAAGAGCCAGUCGAAGUUGAUCUGACGGAUGUUUCCCCUGCACAAUGCGGCACAACCGCCAGAGACUCAUGCGGUAGGCCAGGCGGAUGCUGCAGAGACAAGAGCCCCUCCGACAGCAGCAGUGGGGAGUCAGACAAUCAUUCGACAAAGUCCACUUCGUCGUCAGAGCUGACUGACCCUGACGUGUUGCCUCCGACGGCCACGAUUAAGGCUGAGAGAGAGCAAGAUCCAUCUAUCAGCGGCACGGCAUACUCGAAGCCGAUGAAGUCUCGAGAGACUCCGGAUGCCGCUGUUUCGCCAGAUGGCAUAAAAACUGGGACAAGCCUUGAGGCGCCGUUGGCGAGUUCGCACAAAGGCAUCCCUCAAUACCAAUUUAAGCCGUACGAGCCUGACACUGAAUUGAUCUUCCCGCCUGGGCUUUGGAAACAUGAGAAAAAGGCAUUAUGUUUCGGAAACGACAGGAAGCUCUGGUUCCGACCCGUCACACUCGAACAGUUGGUGACGCUCAAGAAUGCCUAUCCCUCGGCCAAGCUUGUCGGAGGUGCCAGUGAGGUGCAAGUUGAAGUUCGAUUCAAAAAUUCAGAUUUUGCUAUUUCGGUAUAUGUAUCCGACAUUGAAGAGCUGCAAGAAACCAAAAUCCCAAAGACUGAAGCCGAAUGGGACGCCACGACUGAGAUAUAUCUGGGCGCAAAUACGCCUCUCACCGAACUAGAGUAUCUCUGCAAGGAAGCCUGCAGCAAAUUUGGACGCCGAGCUAUGUGUUUAGAAGCAUUGCGCAAGCAACUACGCUACUUUGCUGGUCGGCAAAUUCGCAAUGUGGCUUCCUUAGCCGGCAAUGUUGCAACAGCGUCUCCCAUUUCAGACGGGAAUCCUGUUCUCCUCGCUUCCGGAGCCGAUAUAAUUGUGCGCAACCAAUCUCAAGGGACGUUUGCACUGCCUGUUUCCAAGUUCUUCAUUGCCUAUAGAACGACCAGCCUGCCAGCCGACGCCGUCAUCACUCAUAUACGCAUUCCGUUACCUCCGCCUGGCUGUUUGGAAGUUACCAAGGCUUACAAGCAAGCAAAGAGAAAAGACGAUGAUAUUGCAAUUGUUACCUCGGCCUUCCGCGUUCGACUCGAUGAUCAGGGUUUCGUCCAGGAUGUCUGCCUGGCAUACGGCGGCCUAGCGCCUAUGACAGUAGAGGCCAAAAAUGCCAAGAGUGCUCUCAUGAGCAAAAAGUUCUUCGAGUCAGCAACGUUGGAGAAGGGCCUUGAUGCUUUGGCAGCGGACUUCAAUUUAGGAUUUGGUGUCCCCGGUGGCAUGGCGCAUUAUCGGAGAGCACUCGCUCUAUCGCUUUUCUUCCGUUUCUGGCAUGAAGCGGCGGCCGAACUCGGACUGGGCACUGUGGAUCCAGAAACAAUUCGCGAGAUUCACAGGGAGUUGUCGUCUGGCUCAAGAGAUGACUACAACCCAGCAGAGCAGCGGGUGGUUGGUAAGCAAGUGCCUCAUCUUUCCGCCCUCAAACAAUGCACUGGCGAAGCCGAGUACGUCGACGACAUGCCUCGGCAAGACCGUGAGCUGUUUGGAGCGCUUGUGCUUUCCACCAAGUCCCACGCGAAGCUGGUCGAAGUGGACUGGAUGCCGGCGCUCAAGAUGCCCGGUGUCGUUGGUUACGUUGAUAAGAACAGCAUUCCCAAGGAAAGCAACGUCUGGGGAUCGGUGAAGAAGGACGAAACAUUCUUUGCCGAUGGCGUGGUCCUGUCUCACGGUCACACUAUUGGCCUGAUUUAUGCAGAGACGGCGCUGCAAGCGCAGGUGGCCGCUAAAGCGGUCAACAUCGUCUAUGAGACGCUGCCGCCCAUUCUCACGAUCAAUGAAGCCAUCGAAGCAAACAGCUACUUCCCACAUGGCAAGGAGCUAAGGAAAGGCGCUGCCAUUACCGGAAAGAUGGAUGAAGUGUUUGCAAAAUGUGACCGAGUCUUUGAAGGAACAACGAGGCUCGGCGGUCAAGAGCACUUCUAUCUCGAGACUAAUGCAGCACUUGUGAUACCACACCAGGAGGACGGGUCCGUGGAAGUAUGGUCCUCGACGCAGAACACGACCGAGACCCAGGAAUUUGUUAGCCAAGUCCUAGGCGUGCCAAGCAACCGCGUCAACGCACGGGUGAAGCGCAUGGGUGGUGCCUUUGGUGGCAAGGAGUCACGCAGCGUGCCAAUUGCUUGCGUGCUGGCUGUUGCUGCAAAGAAAGAACGUCGACCUAUGCGCAUGAUGCUGAACCGCGAUGAGGAUAUGAUGGUCAGCGGACAGAGGCAUCCGAUCCAAACCAGGUGGAAGGUUGGCACCACUGCUGACGGUAAGAUGCUUGCUUUUGAUGCGGAUGUUUACAACAAUGCCGGAUUUUCGCAGGACAUGUCCGGCGCGGUAAUGGAUCGCUGUGUUACCCACAUGGAUAAUUGCUACAAUAUACCGAACGCCUGGAUUCGGGGCCACGUCUGCAGGACGAAUACGCACAGUAACACAGCAUUCCGAGGAUUCGGUGGGCCACAAGCAAUGUACACCACGGAACAGUACAUGUCCGCCAUUGCCGAGGGCCUGGGUAUCGACAUUGAUGAAUUGCGAAUGAAGAAUCUCUACAAGCCGGGGGACAGGACGCCCUUCCUGCAGUCCAUCGAUGAAGAUUGGCACAUACCGACCAUGAUUGACCAAGUCAAGAAAAACUCAGACUACGAAGCUCGAAAAGCAAAAGUAGCCGAGUUCAACAAGUCCAACAGGUGGAAGAAGCGUGGAAUCAGUUUGAUUCCGAGCAAGUUUGGCCUCAGUUUUGCCACCGCCAUACAUCUCAACCAGGCCGGCGCAUAUGUUAAGAUCUACGCCGAUGGCUCGGUGCUGCUGCAUCAUGGUGGUACUGAGAUGGGCCAAGGGCUCUAUACGAAAAUGUGCCAGGUUGCGGCGCAAGAGCUCGGCGUGCCGUUGGAUGCGAUAUUCACUCAAGAUUCGCAGUCAUACCAAGUCGCUAACUCUUCACCUACCGCUGCAUCUUCAGGCAGUGAUUUGAACGGGAUGGCAGUGAAGAAUGCUUGCGACCAAAUUAAUGAGAGGUUAAAACCAUAUUGGGAGAAGUACGGUCGCGAUGCGCCCAUGAGCCAAAUUGCACAUGCUGCAUACCUGGAUCGGGUCAACCUUGCCGCGAAUGGUUUUUGGAAGAUGCCAAAGAUUGGGUAUGAGUGGGGCGUCUACGAUGAGAAGAAAGUCAAGCCGAUGUAUUAUUACUUCACGCAAGGGGUCGCAGUCAGCGAGGUCGAGCUUGAUCUCCUCACCGGCGACCAUACGGUGCUCCGCACGGACAUCAUGAUGGACGUGGGCCAAUCCAUCAACCCAGCCAUCGACUACGGGCAGAUCGAGGGGGCGUUUGUGCAAGGCCAGGGCCUCUUCACGAUGGAGGAGUCGCUGUGGACACGCACGGGCGAGCUGGCGACACGUGGGCCUGGCAACUACAAGAUUCCGGGCUUCGCCGACGUACCCCAGGUCUUCAACGCGAGCAUGCUGCGGCACGACGCAGAGGGCAAAGGACUGACGUGGAAGCACCUGCGCAGCAUCCAGAGCAGCAAGGGCACGGGCGAACCACCGCUGUUCCUGGGGUCGACCGUCUUCUUUGCGCUGCGAGAGGCGGUGCGGGCGGCGCGGCACAUGCACGGGGUUAAGGGGCGGCUGGAGCUGGACAGCCCGGCGACGGCGGAGAAGCUGCGGCUGGCCGUGGGCGACGACCUGGUUCAGAGGACAGCGGUGCGGCGGGGGAAGGGAGAAAGCGAGUUUUUUGUUCGAGUGGCAUGAGAGGGGAAGAACCGGCUGAAUGUUGGGCAUGGUGUUGAGGACGGAUUGGGCGAGGUGCAGGGUCGGGAGAGUCCGGGGUAGAGCUGCCAGUUCGGGUCUAGCCGCAACGGGCACAGCAGAGAGCGACCCCGCUCGUUCCUCGACGCGCCAGGGCCAAUCGCUCGGCGACGUCUUGUCCGCACCGGGGCGCUAUCUGCUGGAUCGGGUACGAGUAUCGGUCGUGUCUAAUGUGAUGAUGUCUUGUUCCCCACUUCCGAC